AUAAUUAUCCAACGUUGCAAGACUUUAAAGCUUAUAGAUACCCCAUUGACAUGAUGGGCCAAACUUAUCCAUUGUCUCUGAUACAGCCAAUUCAGUUAACGACUGUAUAUUAAGAAUAAUACUUUACAAAUGGCUCCCACAUCAUUCAAGCUUAACACGGGGCAGGAGAUGCCCGCAGUGGGAUUUGGAACAUGGCAAGCCGCACCCGGCGAAGUGGCCAAGGCCGUAGAAACAGCACUCAAGUCGGGCUACAAGCUCAUCGAUGCAGCCUACUGCUACGGUAACGAAGACGAAGUAGGCGCGGGGCUGAAAGCGGCCUUCGCCUCGGGCAUCAAGCGCGAGGAUAUAUUCAUUAUGACCAAAUUAUGGAACACAUACUCGACACGCGUGUCGCUUGGGCUGGAGAAGUCGCUCAAGGCCCUGGGACUUGACUACGUCGACCUAUAUCUGGUGCACUGGCCCGUGGGCAUGAACCCUAACGGCAACGACGACCGAUUUCCGAAGCUGCCUAACGGCGAGCGCGACAUGCUCUGGGACCACGACCACAUCCAGACGUGGAAGGACAUGGAGAAGCUGGUUGAGGGCGGCAAGGCCAAGGCCAUUGGCGUCUGUAAUUAUAGCAAGGUGUACCUGGAGAAUUUGCUCAAGCAGGCAAAGAUCGUGCCGGCUAUCAACCAGAUCGAGAACCACCCAGCGCUGCCUCAAGAUGAGAUCGUGGGUUAUUGUAAGGAAAAGGGGAUCCAUGUAGUGGCAUACUCACCCCUGGGCAGCACGGGGGGUCCGGUCAUGAAAGCGGAGCCGGUGGUUAAGAUUGCAGAGAAGAAGGGGGUUAACACGGGAACGGUGUUGUUGAGUUACCAUGUCGCAAGAGGCAGCACAGUGCUGGCCAAGUCGGUCACUGAGUCACGAAUCGUCGAGAACCUCAAGAUCGUCGAUCUGGACGACAAAGAAAUGAAGGCAUUGGCCGAGUUGAAUAAGGAUAAUGUCACGAGAUAUGUCUACCCGCCCUUUGGUAUCAAUUUUGGCUUCCCCGACAAGGCGUCUGGAAAGGUCAUGCCAAAUGGAGUACCAGCAUGACUGCAGCUCUCGUCGUGCUGAUAUCAAAUGGCCAUGUGUACAACGCAGUUUAUCUGCAAGUAAUGUUGGGUGCUGCAGACCAUAGUACAUUAUUGUAGUGAAUACUGAAGGCUUUACCUAAGUAUUUAGGAGGCUGUGGCCAGAGCAAAAUUAUAGACUUGGCCAUAUAGAUGAAAUAGACGUCAUGCAUGAUCC